GUACACCAGUGUUGGCAGGAUCCGGGCCCUGGACGGAAUGGCUCUUGGAAGAAGUGUUUUGAGCUUAGCGGGGCUGGGGUCGCUGAUGGGCUCGCUUCGGUGCUAGCCCCCGCUAAAGAACGAUUCUGGUUUAACUUGCGCUGGGGUGGAGGGUUGUGUUUUUUAACAGGUUGCCUCCCACUGCGCAAACCUGGGAGCGCUGCUGGCGUAGCUGCUUCUCGCCCCGUCUCCUCCUUUCUCCAUCCCCCCACCCCCUUGCUCAGCAGGGCUGAGGCUUGGCGACCGGUCGCUUUUAAAAGCGCCUGCGCUCCCCGGCCGCCCUCCGGCUGCUGGCUGGCGGCUCGCAAUGGCCAUGGCCUCCCCUGCCAUCGGGCAAUGCCCCUACCCGCUGCUCCUGGACAAAGAGCAGCAGCUUUUCCUGCAGAGCCUCAGCGCCAACGAGAGGAAGAAGAUCCUCAAGCGCUCGGCGUCCGGUGACAUGAAGCCGUGGAGGCGCCAGACGCCGGCGCAGCAGCAGCCCGCCGGGGGGGCUGCAGCCGGAGCGAUGCCCCAGCAGCGGGGCACGGAGCAGGGCAGCGGGCAGGCUGGAGGCGCCUGGGGGCCCGAGGACGGGGAGCGCCCGCGGGGCGAAGCUGGGGGCAGGCGGCUCCUUGGCACCGCGGAGGACCCCAGCGCGGGGCGCCCGGCGCCCGCCCAGCAGGACGCGGCUCCCUCGGCCGUGCCGCAGUCCCGGGAGCCGUUCGCGGGCAGCAGCAGCGGAGCCGGGGCCCCGAGCCCGCCCGGGGAAGAGGUGGAGCUGGCCGGCUGCAGCCCCCAGGACCCGCCCGGCUCGGGCAAAGCGCCCCGCUCCGGGCUGCUCCGCCUGCGCCUGCGGCUGCGCUCCGGGGCGCCGCGCCAGCUGCCCGACGUGCGGACCAUCUUCGAGCAGCCCCGGGACCCCCGCGUGCGGGAGGAGAAGGGGGAGGGGCACCGCUUCGAAGCCUUCGCGCUCGGCCGGGGCUGGUGCGACCUGUGCGGGGAGGCGGUGCAGCAACGGGCCCUGCGCUGCACCAAUUGCAAAUAUACCUGCCAUCAAGAAUGCAGAAGCCUGAUUCAGCUGGACUGCAGCCAACAAGGACAGCCCCAGAACAAACCCUCGCCAGAAAAUACACUGACGCAAAACUGCAGCCAGAAUGUAACAAAAACAGCAGCAGAAGAAAAACCCAAAGCUCCCACUACCCAGGAGAUCGAACAGAUAAUCAAUAGUUACAAUGCCAAGGUUACAAAUUGCUUCGUGAUGAAGCUGAAUGAGGAUGGCACUUACACGGGCUUCAUUAAAGUGCACUUGAAACUGCGCCGGCCUGUGACGGUGCCAGCAGGGAUUCGGCCGCAGUCUAUCUAUGAUGCCCUCAAGGAGGUGAACCUGGCUGAUAUGACGGAAAAGAGAACUUCCUUCUACUUGCCGCUGGAUGCAGUCAAGCAGCUGCACAUCAGCAGCACGACCACAGUCAGCGAGGUGAUCCAGGGGCUGCUCAAGAAGUUCAUGGUGGUGGACAACCCUCAGAAGUUUGCACUUUUCAAGGAGAUGCAGAGAGAUGGGCAAGUUCUCUUCCAGAAGCUCUCUCUCACCGAAUACCCCUUGUAUCUCCGGCUGCUGGCUGGCCCUGACACAGAUGUUCUCAGUUUUGUGCUGAAGGAAAAUGAAACGGGGGAAGUUGAGUGGGAUGCAUUCUCUAUCCCAGAGCUACAAAAUUUCUUAAUGAUACUGGACAGAGAGGAAAAAGACAAAAUUCAGCAAGUACAAAAGAAGUACAGCAAGUUUAAACAAAGACUGGAGGAGACUUUGAAAGAAGCAGGAGGAAAACCUGGAUAACCAAACACAAAGCAUGUAUAGUACCAGACUAAACUAGAUAUUUUUUAAAAGAAGAGACUUCUCAGGACACCUCCGAUUUGUCUGACCCUUUCUCCCUGUUCCUCUGUCUGAGGAAUGAUGCACCCCACAAAGAGACAAGCAUUGCAUUUCUUUUCCCUCAGACAUUAUCGCUGGAUCACAGCCAGUCAGUAAAGAAUGGAAAGCCUCGAUUUAAAUCUGCAGGCCCUCGAUAAACCAAAUAGAGCUGCUGCGUAGCUUUCAGUUGUUGCAUUGAGUCACCAAGCAGGGAAACUUCACGGCAACAGCUGAAUGUUAAAUAGGAAUAUCUACUGGGUAAUUGUGUUGGGCAGGAUAGGACUGCAUUUCUUUCACCCUCCUCCUGCCACCUUGCCUGUUGGCUUUGUUUUAAGAUGCGGCGGCUGCCUUGUGUGUGGUUGUUGUGUUGUGUAGUUCCGUCAUUUCAUAAGUUAGGUGGCGCCACAGGAAGCAACGGGUUGGUUGCACCAGCUCAUGUGCAUGUUGCAGCUGUCGUUGGUGCCAAAACAGAUUGUUGCACAAUUCUAAGAUAUCUACUGAAACAUAAAAAGUCAGAUGCCAAGAAGGCUCCAAGUCCACCGUAGUCUUUCCGGUAGGUUUUACUGGGAUUUUAGAUUACCUUUUUUUAAAAAAUUCCCUAGAAUGAAGGUUAAGUUGGAUGAGAGUGAAAUUAGGAUUGUUUGGUCAGCCAGGCUCUGCCUGGGAGCAAAUGUUCCCUACUGCUGAGUGUGGCUAUUCUGUGUAUUGCCAGUUUCCUACUCAGGGGACCAAUGUUUUACAGAUUUACUCUUUUUACAUGCAAGAUGGUUGAGGUGGGAACAGGGAUGAUGGUUUAGUUUGUGCUCCAGUUUUGAAGGGUUCUAAUCUCCAGCCAUGCAGAGGAACAGCAACUGCCCAGCCUUCUGCAGCUUGUCUCCCAUUACCUUCUCACCUCCUGUCCUUGCACCCUCACCAACCACCCACAGAGCCUCCCCAUCCUCCCACUGUCUUCCUUCUGCACGUAGACAAGAGGCUGCUAGGUUCCCUAUAUAACUACCAGCCUGCCACGUGUGGUGCUUAGAGCUUGGAGAAUGCAACAAGAAUGUCCUUACUCACCAUUCUCUCUCAGAGCAACAGCUUAGCCUUUUACAGAUAGAUAUUGUUGCAGUUGGAGACAACACAGUUACUGCUAUUAAUCCAGUCCUAGCUCCUGGUUACACACACCUCCAUGUGGCUGGUGUAAGGUUCCCCAUGUUAAGGACUCCAACUUAAAAAUUAUACUUCUAUCUGGAAAGCUUUAAGGUGUUACUUUAAACAGGUUAUUUUUCCAGCGUUUCCUCUUAAUGCAUUGGAUUAUGCACUUUGCAUGUAGUCGGUUUCACUCUUUCCCUUAUCUGUAUAGAUCCUUCGCACAGCAACAAAGGGAUGUGUGAAAAGGAAGGAAACCCGAUGGUAAAGCCAUGAAAAGGGGUAGGUGCAGCUGGAACACCUGAAAUGACUUUAAACUGACUACCUGAGUUGAAAGCAUCCCUUGAAACUUGUUAUAUGGCGAAAUAAUUCCACUUCAGAGGUCCGGGUCCACUCGAUGCAAAGUGAUGACAGAAGGCAAUUUUAAGAGUCUCAGAUUUACCUCAGUGCCUUUUUUUAAGUGUAAAAUCUUUACUGUAAAGCUAAUGAGGAUCCUUGGUUGGGAAGGGCUUUUCUGCAAGGCCUCAGUCACUUUCCCUCUGCCUGUUCUCUGAAGUACUAUAAGUAUGAAGCUGAUUUUGUGGGGGGAGGAGGAAGGAAUUGUCAGUCCCCCCCCCCCCCCAAGGUGACUAUAUGCUUGUUUUUGUUUGUUUCCAGUUUUAAACAGGAGAAAGUGACUGCACCGCUUAGCAAGCCCGCCACCAUGUAGAGACGCCACUUUGUGUCACAGCUGGUAGCUUACGUUUUAGCUAGUAGCAUAGACAGGCUUGAUAAUAGGGCUGCAGGGCAGGGAAAGGCACCUAGCUGUACUGUAUUCCUUCCCCAGGUGACCUUUAACAACCAUGAGGUAGCAGCGCAGGCUUUGUGGGUGUUUGCCCACUUGUAAAAAUGGGGAGAAUACUUACUGACCUCACAGUGUACUUGUGAAGUCAGUAAGUAGCACUUAGUGCUUCAGCCCUUGAAAGCACUAUGUACAAAUAUUGACUGAGCAGAAAGAAGCACACUGUAAAAUGUCAUUGGUUCUGAGAAGCAAGAUCCAGCUUGUUUUUAAUUUCAUCUCAUCUUGCUGGCUAGAAGUUUUAUGGGUGUUUUUACUGAUUUUUUUUUCCAGUGACCAUCCCACACUCUGGACCCCUAGCAUGUCUUUAACGUUUUGUAGAAGGCAUGGCUUCUUAUGCAAUUAUGGUGAAUGCUGCUGAAAACCUCCUGCAAAGAGGGAGGGCUGUUUUUGUUGGCUAUGGGGCAUUUAAAGAGAAAAACCUUGAAAUUCUGAUGCAAAGCACAGUCAAGUGACCUGUGCCAAAGGCACAAGCUUUAGACAUUAGCAAAGGCCCCCUUCCUUCAGAUGCGCAAAAUACUGCUGGCAGUGCCUUUGGUUAGUAUUGUGUUGCCUAGUGUAUGUGUGAAAUUUUUUUGUCAGCUGUACAACCUGUAAAAACUAUGUAUAGAAUGGAAUAGUAAAGCUUCUGUGGCACAGUGAAAUGCAUUUUUGCAAUGCUGUAAUUUAUUUUUACUACUCCCUCUUAAUUCUGUGGUAUUUUUAAGUCACUCAGCUUUUAUGAAAGUUCUGCAACUUGGUUCAGAUGCAAACAGUGUAAGAGAGAGAGAAUAAAAGAGUCAAUGAUAAAGAG